AUGGCGGUUGCAGCCAACUCCUUCGAUAGCUGGCUCAGUACAAAGCUGCAAGCUUUAAAUACUGACGAAGGUGUGUUUGUGUCGUACAUCAAAGGAAUUUUAGAGGGUGAUGAAACAGAAGAUGAAAAAACCGAAGCUCUCGAAGGCCUUCUCGCUGGCAUAACGGAUGAUGACAUUAGUAAUCAUGUGACCGAAAUAUUAAGUGCUUGGGCUAAAUGGCUCCCUAUGAAGGGCGCUACUGCUUCAAACGAACCAGUAGAAGAUGUGGAUGUUAGGCUAGCAAAGAUGCUUGAAUCUCAGUCUUUGGCAACUACAACACAAAGAGGAAGAGCAGAAACAGAGGAGGAAAGGCGGGUAAGAGAGGCCAUUCUUGCACAGUACAGUCAAAUAUCAGAUGAAGAAAACAGUGAUGGUGAGAAAGAAGAGGAUGGUGCAAGUGGAGGAGAUUAUGGAAUUGAGAAAAACACAAACGCUGCUGUAAUAGUUCAGAAAGAACGAGAGAGGAGGGAAAUGGCAAGGAUAAGAAACCAAAUGAAGAAGGAGAAAGACAAAGAAGAGCGGGAGAAACAGAAACAGUUAAGGGACGAAAAAAAGGAAAAACGUAAGACCCAAAAACAAGAACGACGAAGGUAG